UAACAACUUCCUGUAGAAUGAAAAAAAGAUGGAGGCUUUAGAAGAGGGAAUUUCAAAUCAACACGUUAAAGAAGUGAGAAACGUGUACCUACUAUAAGUAUAACGGAAAGAGCUAUGUAGCUGAAACAUUCAGAAGUUUUUUAGUUGUGGUGUCGUUUGCUUUAUAGUAGCAUUGCUGAGCGCUGCAUCGAGGACCUUCUCUAUUCAAACGUAGGUUGAUUACCCGUAUGUCUCAGCGAAGUGGGGAAAAUGACUAAGGCCAGCCCUCGACAGCAAUAUCCAAUGGCGGCUGGCACGGACCCUGACAGCCAACCUGUUCCUCAAUGUCCCCCGGCGCCCAUGGGAUAUUGUAAGCUUGUGAGCUUCCCGGACAAAGACCUGAUCCUCACUCCUGACAAGGUGGGUACAGAGGCAGGGAUCCUGAAGAGAGGCCGAGGAGGAAAGCAGACACAGAGACAAGUCCGUUUUGAUGUCAGCCCAAGAACUAAGGCCAUAGCAAUCAACCCAACUAGAGUAUUGGGAGAGGAGCCUGGUGUCAUCACUGUGAUUAGCCAGCCAAGCUGCAGCCCCUCAGAACUACAACAUCCCCUCAGAACUAGAAUCUCAGAGGCUGGAAAAGGCAAAAAGAAUCGCAAGAAGCAGAAGGAAUCUAAGCCAAAGUCAAGGAAGUUUCCUUCUGACGGACAGUCUGAGGUCUCCACUCAGGGCCAGUCGGGGGUGCACUGUGAGGGUGCGGAGCUGAACACCACGCUCGCGCUCAAGGUGGAGCUGGAGGAGCUGGCAGAAGCUGCAUUUGACUCCAGGAAGGCAGUACAGGAACAGCUGAAGAAAACUCACACCAAGAACAACAUUGCCAUCAAAGCUACUGAGGGAGUUAACAUCCCUCGCUCUCAAAAUCUGUACCAAGCACUUGUCAGCGUCAGCGUGUCAGAGGACCAGCUAAUCAGCCAUGCUCUCCGUGAUAGAUUGACGCUGGUCCCAGCCAACCACAGUAGUAAGAACCAGGAGAGUCCAGCAGAGGGCCCUGACCUUCUUGCCUUCUACAGCGCUGGGGAGCUUCUACGAGAGUCUCCACUGCUCCCAGGAGACGACGUGCAGCAGUCGCGACCUCGCCCCGUGCCACGCCCCGCUAAUGCAACCUUUGACCUCUACUACAGACACAGACAGUGGGAGGCCUGACAUCCACAGCACUGUCAUAGUACAUCUAUCUCCCGCUGGAGGCUUUUUUAAGAUACUUGAAAUGAGCAUGAAUACGAUCAAAAUCACUUAGAUCAAAUUAUAACAUAAUUAUUCAUUUAUUGCUUACUUCUAAGUAAAUUGAAGCAAUGCAUUUGUUGGAAAGUGUGCAGUCCAUUUUGGCUGAUGGGAUAUUAUCCAGGACAUCUACUCUGAUGCUGACUGGUGCUGGUGCAAGCAUCCUGACACAGAAAACCGAUGUGCAAAACUGGUGCGUCCAAGUUAACUUAUUGAGACUGAUGGCUUGAAGACAACAUUGGAGUCCAGCUGGACAUCAACUUGUACACUUCCUGUAAACCGGAUAUUUUUUUGUGAUUAUACACCAUGCAUUGAAGCCACACUGCGCAAUACAAGCUGACCAAACUCGAGCAUGGUGUCAGAGUAGACUGGUACUCUUGCGUGCAUAUAACGAAAGUAAAUUUGCAGCAGUUAAUUCCAACUUGUAUACUGCAUUAUUGGCUGUACAGCUACAGAUAGGAAUGGAAAAGCAUUUUCCUGUUUUUGGUUGCUUCGUACAUGGAAAAAGAACAAUUUUAACAAAGGAUCAGUCAUUAGCAGCUGAUUCCUUUUCACUUGAGUGCUUCUGGGGUACAGUGAUUUUUGUGUAAACAUCAGGGUCUGUAUGAGGCAGACCUUGCUGUUUACACCUGUCAUUUCUCAUAACAAAAAGACUUUGGGGUUCAAACUAAUCUCUAAUGUAUUUGCCAUAGUAUAAUUCUUAGAUAUUCAGUCCUGUUCCAAUUAGAAAUGCUAUUUAUACAGUUUUAAAAUGCUGUGAUUAAAGGUACCAUCUCUAAUGCUUCAUUAGACACGGUGAAGUUAAAAGGAAUCCACUGCCCGUGGUUGAUCUGCACUUAAAUUGUUUAGAUCUUAGAUAUUUGAUCAAGAACAAGUUGAGGACAGUUAAAGGCAUUAUUUAUUCAUUUCUGCCGAAAUGCUGUGUAGCGUCCCAAGUCCUUCAAUAGAAUUUGGGUAUGUAAUGUGUGUGUUGUUUAAGUGUGUGUUGGUUAAUAAAGUCGAUCUGCAACAGAAA